UCCCCUCCCCUCCGCCGCCGUCCUGCACCCGUCUCCUCCCCCGCGCGCGCUCGCUUUGCCAGCCACCGCAAGAAAGAAGAGCCUCUUCUCAUGGCGGCGGCGGACGGGGAGGGAGGCGGCGGCGGCGGCGUGGGUGCUGUCGUGCGGAUCUUCGUGGGCGGGCUCGCGGAGGGCGUGAGCGCGGCCGACCUGGAGGCCGUGUUCGCCUCCGUCGGGCGCGUCGCUGGCGUCGAGUUCGUGCGCACCAGCGGCCGUAGCUUCGCCUACGUCGACUUCCACUGCCCCUCCGACAAGGCCCUCGCCAAGCUCUUCUCCACCUACAACGGGUGUAAAUGGAAAGGAGGGAAGCUUAAGCUGGAGAAGGCCAAGGAGCACUACCUCUCUCGCCUGAAGCGAGAAUGGGAGCAGGAUGCAGCGGCUGCUGCUACGCAGGAAGCUGCGGUGAAAGAUAAUGUGGAGAAGCAGGAAAAGGUGAAGCCAGAGAAGGCUGCUUUGGAGGGUAUGAAGAUUAACAUCUACUUCCCGAAACUGAGGAAGGUGAAAGCUUUGCCUUUUAAAGGCACGGGGAAGCACAAGUACAGUUUCCGACAUAUUGAAGUCCCUUCUUAUCCGAUUCAUUUCUGCGACUGUGAGGAACACUGUGGACUUCCUGAGGCAGCUAAUAAUGAAUAUGCUUCUGUUCUUAAUGCUGCUGCAUAUCAGAAGGAACGCAACAUUAUGAAUUCUGUGAUGAACAAGCUUUUUGAGAAGGAGAAUGAGCACUUUGAUUCAUCGGAAAUGGAGAAUUGUGAUGUUCAUAUUGACACCGUGGAACCCUCUGAUGCUGUGAAUGACAUGCAAAUUGAAGAAACAGAAGAGGCUCCUGAGGAAGAUUUGGAUGAUCUUCAAAUGGAAGAAACAGAAGAGUCUUCGGAUGAAGAUUUGGAUGACGACCUUGUGAUUAACAUUGCUCCCCGCAAGUCCAAUAAAUCAGUAGGGCAAGCAAACAUGGAAAAGCCGAAAGUGACUAAGGACUUGCAGUCAAGAAAGCGCCCAAGAUUUGAAGAGGCUUCCCUGCCACAGAAGAGGCAGAGAUCUGAGGCUUCAUCUGAACCUAGAAAUAGGAAACAAGAACCUAUUUCAAUGAUUUCAGACAGGAGAAACACUGGUAAGUCUUUGCCUGCCAUACCAGAAGCCAGCCAAAAUCAACAAAAAUCUCCAGGUUUGACAAGAAAAGGAACAUCUGAGUCCUCUUCAGCACCCCCCAGAGAUGAAAGCCCCACAGGUCCUGAAGGUGUCGAGGCUCUAACACGUUCUUCUACCAAAAGUGAAACUGCACAAAAUAUGGUUUCUACUGAACCUAAAAAAGGAUCAUUGUGGACUCAGAAAUCUGCCUGGAGAGAUCUUGUUGGGGGCAUGGGGAGCACAUCUUUUAGUAUAUCGCAAGUAUUGCCGAACACCAAUCCAGCACCACCAGUACUUCCAAAUGUCUCUGAAAGUGGGGAAUCUUCAAAAUCCUUGGAAGCUACAUCUCAGGUCUUGUCUGAGCAGAAGUUGCUGAGUUCCAUGGGAAUGCCGUCUACCGGCACUACAGAUGGGUCAACAGGCCAUGACACUGUGGAAUGCAAGGAGAACAAUAAGACAAAAAAGGUGCGGGUGGUCCCAAAGAUUACUAUCGGUGAAGUUUGCCCUUUCAUGAGAAACGCAGAGUCGGAAAAGCAAUGGUCCAAGGCAAAAAAGGUUCUUACUGGGUUCAAGAAGGGCAAGGAGAGCAGUGGAUCCAAUGCCGGGAAAGGAAAGCCAUCAAAAAGGCGAUAACCGCAUGUUGUUUGAGCUGCAACUUGUUCAACACUGGCUAAAUGAUGAUAGCUGUUCUGGAGCAAAAACUCUUACAAAAGUUGUUUUUAGAUCUUCAGCUCGUGUGAUGACUCUGAAAUACCUAUUGCGGUUCUUGUAAGAGCAAUCAAUUUUUCUGUUUGUGUGUUGUCAAAACACCCUCGCAACACGAGUGAUCUCUUAAUUCAAGCUUCUUUUUUUUCUGACA